GUCAUCCUGGUUGCCCAUGCGCUGCACAACGGUGACGAGUAUACCUCGCAGCAGAGGAAACAGUGGUGGCGGGACCUCAUUGGGAUCUGCCAUAAAUGGAAAGUACAGUUGGCCUUCCUGGACGCGAAUGCCAGGCUCGGCAGCAUUGUGUCUGAGGCAGUGGGCAGCGAAGGAUUCAGGCAAGAUGAGGACGAAUCGGGCGGGCUGCUUCAUGACAUGCUCUUGGAGACGGGCUUAGCUGCGGCUAACACGCUAGUCCCCUCUCUCAGCAAGGACUCGUACACGUUUGUCUCGACGAAGUCUGAAACGCCACACAGAAUAGACUACAUUGCGGUUGAGCAGGACAUGAUUCCCGCAUUGGGGCAACAUCAAGUACGAUAUGAUAUUGAUUCCUUUUGCACUGGCAAGGAUCAUUAUCCUGUCUUCAUGCGCUUCGAGUCCCAGGGCUCCACCAAAGCAGCGCAACAACAGAGCGGCUACGACGCUAGGGGCACCCAGGACCCUGAUAAGGCAGCAGCCUUCAGGAUGCACCUGGCAGCGUUUCCCACGGUGCCUCACCAGGUCGACAUGAAUCAGCACUUGCACGACAUCAUUCAAUACAUGUCCGUGGGUGCACAAGCUUGCUUCCCUAAACCCGCGCGUACUCCGAUCAGGCCAUAUGUUUCAGAGGCUCUUCUGGGCAUUAUCAUCUUCAGAAGGCAAGUUCGGCAGGCGUGGCGUCUCUGGGGUAAGCAGGACUCUAAUGGGCUCAGGAGGCUGGUCGCCGCGGCGCUGGAGGCGGGGGCCCCCCAGAACAUCACCGAUCUCGAGCUGGACCUCCUGGUCUCUGAGCUUUUCCAGGCUUUCGCUGAGUGGGAUAAGCAGAUCUUGGCGGCAAGCGAGCUAGCCGCACACAUGCUCGAGUUCCUGGUCAAGUCGAAGCCGGCCCUGAGAAGGGCCUUGAAGCUCUCGCGCAAUGAACUGCUAGAAGACCUUGCGCAGCAGUUGUGCAACGCUAGGUCCUCAAACGAGAGUAGAGUGGAGUGGAGAGUGCUAUGCCAGCUGCAAAGGUUUGGGGGAAAGCGCUCCAAGUUCCAAGUCGACGGGCUUAGGAUCCGACGAGGUUCUCAGGGCGAGGUUCUUGCCACAUCUGGAGAUCUCUCGGAGGCCCUCACUGAUUAUUUCACUGUAAUUGAGAAUGGGCAGGCACUCAGCUGGGAAGAACUGGUUGAGAGAUACAACGCCCUCCCUGAGCGUGGAAAUUUAUAUCCCAGGGAGUUGGACAUGAUCACCCCCUUCCGCAGGCUCAAGCACGACAUCAUGAAGGCAGCCAAGAGGAGAGGUGCUGGGCCUGACGGGCUAAGCAAUGAUCUUUUCCAGGUCGCUCCGCAUGAAUGCACGCAGAUAUUGCUGCCGUUGUUCGUGAAAGUUGACAUGGCGUCCAGAGAGCCCCUGCUGUUCAAAGGAGGUUGGCAAUGUGAUCUACACAAAUCUGGGUCCCCCGAACCCCUGGAGCACUACAGAGGCAUCCUGCUGGGAUGCCACACGGCGAAGUUGCACCAUGCCUUCCUCAGGAGUAAACUUCUAGAGGCAACGAUGAACAUGCUGUCGGUGGUCCAGCAGGGAGCUCUCCCUCAGCGCGGCACUGACAUUGCAUCCUUGCAUCUUCGGUCGGCCAUGUUGGCUGCCAAAGCUAGGAAGCGCACAUACUUGUCGCUGUACACCGAUCUAAAGGCGGCAUUCUACUCGGUCAUCCGAGGGUUCGUUGCCAGAAUGGCCCAGAGCAGCGAGGACAUCCAGAACACGCUAACGGGCUUGGAGAUACCUAGUUGUCUGGAGCCCCUGUGCCAUGCCCUAGUCGCCAAGCCUGGAGCCCUAGAAGACGUAUGGGAUCCUGCCUUCAUGGAUGACCUCGUCAACGGCAUCGAGCUGUUAGACGCUAGGCUCUGGAAGGAGGCGGCCAUCGCCCUCGUCACGAUCAUGUGCGAAGAAACCAAGUCUAGGGGGUUCACCAUGAACUGGAAGGCGGGCAAGACGGAGCUCAUGGCCUUCUUCAGCGGCACAGGUGACAUCCAGGACAGAGCGGAGAAGUCCAGUGCCAUGGUGGGCAUGAAUGUUUUUGUUUUGUCUAUUAAUAUUCGCGAGCUUUUUCAGGACUCCACUGAGGGACUCCAUAAGGAGCUAUUGCUCAUUAGUGAUCUCAUUCUUGCUGGGCGUGUCAUUGGACUCGUGGCGGAUUUCUUCCUUUCCUCGUGGGACCCCACCCCCCGCUACAAAGUCAAGGGCGGUGAGUGCAGGCCUUUAAGGAGUUGCGAUGAGCCGUGGGGAAUUUCUGCCAGGUCGCCCUCGGAGUGGAAGCAGCUGGAGCUCGACAAUGCCGGUUUGAGGGCGGCACUGACGCUUGCGCUGUGUGCGGCGUCCUCGGGCCUGGCGGUGCUGCUCUUUUUAAACCCACCUGCUCCGCAAGCCAAUCUUCCCUGCAUGUGGAAGGUCCCCGAGGUCAGGUUCCUGUGCUCCCUGCAAGAUACGUCCCCGACGGUCACGUCGAGAUGUGAGCCCAUGGGGGACCGUCAGUGCCUGUGCAUGAAUGCCAUGCCGAUCAUGGCCCCUACUGACAGCAGCCAGUUCGAAGUCUACGCAGCUGCUGUCAUCACGCAGGCAGCCUCACAACGCUGUGCCCCCACGCCUCCUGGGGAUGCAUGGCUGGAGGCGUCAGUUGCCCAUCUGUAUGCCCCGCUCGAUUUGUAUUGCGAGUCGGGUUGA